UUUCAAACGGUUCCGGAAUGACAGCGAGUGACAUUUGAGUAGCGCGCGUCAAAGUUGCCGGGUAUUGGCCACGUUGCGCGGUGCAGCUGCAGUUGUGGAUUUAUUAGAUAGAUUUGCCUGAACACAAAAAAUGGACUGAGCACUUGACAAUCUAAGUUUACAUCAAAUUUCCGUGGACUAACCGAAAACAAGAUGAACAUGAUACUCACCUGAAGUGUAAAGCAUGGCGAAUUCUAAGGCCCCAUUACCGCCAUGGAAAUAACCGGGAAACCCACCGUGCAAAAGCCGGCUCGCAAGUAUUGUCAGCAUGCCUGAACCAGACUCAACCGCGAUGCCCGUGGAGCCGUCUCAGCCCGCGGAACCGCAGGCAGUAGAAAUCGCAGAAGGCUCCUCCUGCGACGCUGCUGCGACUCCGGAUGUCGUUGCACCGACAUCUUCAACCUCCGCUGCCCCAGCACCGGAUCCCGGCGGUGACGGUAUGACAGAAGAUCAAAGGAUGGUCGCGGAGAUGGCGAAGAGAGGGUAAUUACGUGGUACUAUGGUGGGGCUACUUACAACCUACGAAGUCGACUACAGAGGUUUCGCUUCUUUUACCCGUGUAAAUGAUGAUGUCCUGCUGUUAGGGAUACUUACAACAUAGUGAUAGCGUGCCUACCAGUAUAAACUACGAUGAUUGUGUUUAUUCGCAAUGCAAAUUGACACGGCUUCUAUUAAUACUCCCACGCACCUCCACAGCUACGAAGUCCUCCCCGUGGACCGUGACAACGAGGCGGACCCGGAGGAUUGCACCAGCAUGUCGAAAUACCCCAACCUUCCCAUCGAAAAGUGCAAGGAGAAGGGCAACCAGGCGUUCAAGGAGAAAAAGUACAAACGGGCCAUCGCCUACUACACCGGGGGGCUGAAGCAAGUAUUGUCGGCGCUCUGUCAGGGGCCGCACAUGCUCGGGAACAUGGACUUGUCGGAGCUGGAUCUGACAUUGAACCUGAACACCGCGCAGUGCUACAUCUGCCUGGGGGAACCGGAAAUGGGAAUCAUGUUCUGCGAUAAGGUAAGAGUUGUGUUGUAGAAGUACUUACACAUAAAAAAAAGUGUUUUUGCAAAGAUAUUGAACUCAACAUGCUGGUUUACUUCGAGACAGAAGUGUCUUCCUCGAUUCAAUUCUUGUGUCUGGACCGUGAUUCAUCUACUUCAGUUGAUCGUCUAUGAAACGAAAUGUAUCCUAUCAGGCCCUAAAGCGCCGCGACCACUUGAAGAAGGAGCAUCUCGUGAAAGCGCUCUACCGCAAAGCGAUGUGUUUCGGAGAGUCCAAAACCCGGACCAAGGAGGCUUUGGAAGUUCUCGAGGACCUCCUGACCGUGGACCGGGACUGCAAAGCUGCGCUAUCAAAUGUAAAAAUCCCUGGAUGUCUGGAAGAAUGCAUGUUUGUCAUGCUUGUCUGGCAUGACUCUUAAAUCUGUCAUGCACAUUGCCCAAGAGACGUUUUUUUCAGUCAUGCGGAGACGCAGUUUGUCAUGCAUAAUAGGCAACACCUACAAGCUCAGAAAUUUGUCAUGCUGAGCCAGCACUUGUGGCCUCCUCAUGCUACGCCACUCAGCAUCACAAGUUUCCAGACAUCCAGGGAUUUUUACAUUUGAUAUGCGCAGCAGUACUACAAUACGAAGAAGCGGGAGUGGCUGCUGCAGAAGAAGAAGGACAGUAAAGCCAUGAAAAAGAUGUUCGGAGCAUACGAGCAGGAAGGAAAGGAGUUGACUCAGCAAGAACUGGAGCGGAAAAGGGUCUUACUAAGGGAUUUUUUCGCACCAGGCAUCGUGCAGGCCGGCAGCCUGAAAAACGCGCCGCCGCGGACAGUGGCGGGGGAUAAUUCUGAUGUUCAUGCGCUCCUGUCGAAAAAUGAAUCUCAAACUGCUCCUGGUGGAGCUGUAUCUUCUUCGUCGUCGUCGCCCUCAAGGUCAACUACAUCAUCGAGCCGGAUUCCGGAAAUUGAGAAGGAAUUCAACGAGGCUCCGUUUUUCAAAAACCUCGACCAGAACUUUCUCUACACGUUCUCAGACACCAGCAGUGAGUUGUUUUCCCCCUUGCUCCCCUCGGUGAGUACGAAACAACAACCAGCGGUCAGUAUAACUCCAUUGAAAGGUGAGGGUGACGGCGAUCAUGAGGAUGUCCCCGUUGCACACCCAAGAUCUGCUGCCGGAGACGAGGAAGAUGAGGAAGUAGCUGGUUGUUCUGCGGCAGAUGUUGACAGCAAGACUACAGAUAAAACUACAGAAGAAAAAAACACAACAACCGAAGCGGUAGACGAGCCGCCACCAGUGCCUCCGGAGCUGUUGAAGCAACACCGAGAGAACAUCGCAGGAGGAGUUCCAGGUGCAAAAAUCGAUCCAAGCUCACCGCCCCCUGGCGGGACUACAAGUUCCUCUAGUUCCGCCUCAACCAACCCUAAUCACGACGCGCUGCGCGAGCUGGCGGCCGCGACGAAGAUGCUUGCGCCGCCGGACUUGGCGAAAACCUGCCAGCAAAUCAAGUCGCUGGACCGGAAUCAAUGGCCUUGUCAGUUAAGGGAUACUUGUAUUUUCGCGUUGUUAAAUUACGCGUUAUUAUCCAAUCCAGACGACAAGGAUUUCCAUCCGCUCGUGAACCAGGAGCCAACGGGGCAGCGGGACAUUGAAUUCUGGUUUUUCGGCGCCUCCGGCACCUUCGAACUGCAGUUCCAGGACCCGAAUCUGUGGAUCCAGGCGUUUGGGCCGUUGAAGAGGAUAAUACGACUGGUGAACGUGGGGUUUUUGGGCGAGCGCACGCCCGACGACGACGUGAUUGAGGACAAGGCGAAGCCCGAAAAUGACGGCAUUUGGAAAUCGGUUUCAGGUACGAUUCCUGGUGUUCACGAUGGAGGUUUGGUUUCUGAUCGUAGUUUGAUAAUUUAGUCUCUCUGAUACUGAUUCUGAAAUUCCCUUGUAAGAAUUCAGUAUAGGAAUCCACAGCUGCCCAUAAAUGCAAAUACAAGGUAAAAACGGCGGCGGCACCUGUGUAAUCGAAAACUACAACAUGCCCGCGGAAGACGCGCUCAACACAGUUCUCAAAGACCGCAAGCCGGGGAUGAUCUUUUUCCUCCAGCCCUACCUCCACCGAUACGUUUCCCGGUGGUGGGAAACUUUUCAGCUGCUGAUCGAGAAAAAGUACCCGUACGCAAUUGUCGGCGGCAGCGAGCCGGACUACAGCUGGGAACAGGACCAGAAAAUUCUGGAGACCAUGGGCGCCCGAGUGUUGCUCGGGGCCACGAAAUCACCGUACCCCAUGCAAUAUGCAUUGCAAAAGUAUCGUACUCAUAGUAAUUGCAAUCAUGCAUUACAAAUUUUUUUCUAAAGGUGCAUUCGCAUUAAAAGUUUUAUUUCCCAUGGUCAUGCUGAGGGAUAGGGAAUUUGCCAUGCGUUUAUACGAGUGCGAUACUGUUGCAAUUCAUAUGCAGAUGAAAGGCGCUGCCAAGUGCCACCACAUUUUGCUUGCGCGCGGCGGCGUGGGGCGAAGGGGGUUGACGCCCAUGCAGGCGAAGGUCGAAUUGCUGACAAAUGACGUACACUUGGUGGGGAAAUGAUACAACUUUUACUUUGCAAGGGACGAGGAGAGGCUGGCAGCUAUGCAGCACUUCGUUUUCUCCAAAGCAAAUAAAGCGACAGUACCAACCUGUUUGUUACAACGCGCACAGUGAUCAGGCGACAGCAGGGGAAUCAUAUCUCAAAGCACAAAGCGACUCAACAUACAU